UAAAAAUUGUGUAUAAAAAUUAAGGUUAAGACGUGGAUAAAGUAAACAAAAAUAAAAAAGUUUGAUAAUUUAAAUCUGAAGAACAAAGUUAAUAUAACCAUUUAUUAUGUCAGAAACUACUGAAACUGUAACUGAAAAUAAAAUAAACAGCGACAAUAAGGAAACACCGAGUAUUAGCGAAGAAUAUGCUUAUUUAGAUCGUGGUGGUUUCUCUUCAGAGAAGUUUAAGAUCGAACUUCGUGGAAUGCCUAAAUUUUAUGGCAUAGCAGAAUUGAAAAAGUUGAUGAAUCAUAAAUUAGGCUUGAAUACAAGCAAAAUUAAAAGACCUAAGAAUGGCAGUCAUUGGCUGUAUGCAUGUUUCCAAAAUAAUGAAGAACGCACUAAAGCUAUAUCUGUAUUAAACGGAUACUUAUGGAAAGGAAAGACAUUAAUAGCGGAAGAAGCAAAACCUGCUCCUGAUCCACUAGUAAGAAAGAGAAAACAAGAAGAAGAUGCUUCACUGAUUAAAAAGAAAAAAGAGAAUGAACAUAAGUCCCAAGAAGAAAGACUAAAAGAUGCUGUCACACCUUAUUGGAAUAUUCCUUAUGAAGAUCAGCUUAAACUCAAGGAGAAAGAAAUUAAAAAUCUACUCAUGAAAUUUGAUAAUGAAGUAUGGAAAAUUGAUAAAGGACGGCGAAGUCUGAUUGAGUCAAAUAGAAAACUGCAUAACGGACUUAGUUUUGAGCUUAAACCCAUAGAGAAAUCACCAGUCACCGAAGGCUAUAGAAAUAAAUGUGAGUUCACUGUGGGCAUUGAUGAUGAAACACAAAAGCCCACAGUUGGGUUUAGGCUCGGUAGCUAUGUUACUGGGACUGUCGGCGUUGCUCCUAUUAUGAGCUUGACUCAUAUAUCUGAAAAAACAAAAAAGGCUGUUUUACUAUUUCAAGAGUUUGUGCGUAAGUCAGCAAUGGCACCAUUUUCACCAGCCGACUUUUCCGGUUACUGGAGAUACCUAACUGUUCGGGAAUCAUCACACUCUGGAGAGCUCAUGCUUAUCAUAGCUAUGCAUCCACAGGAUCUAACAGUGGAGGAAUUGGAAGAACUGUCAAAGCAACUUGUGGCCCAUUUUAGUUCAGAGGAAGCAGUCGCGUGUGGCGUCAAAUCUUUGUAUUUCGAGGUUAUAAAAAAAAGGAGAGUGGGUGAAGAUGCAACAAAGCCAACUCAUCUGAUGGGAUCAACGCACAUCGUAGAUUCUAUACUGGGGCUGCAGUUCAGAAUAUCUGCGGAGGCAUUCUUUCAGAUCAACACGGCGGGUGCGGGCGUGCUGUACGCGCUCGCUGCGGCGCUGAGCGCGGCGCGGCGCGGCGACACCGCGCUCGACAUCUGCUGCGGGACCGGCACCAUCGGACUCUGCUUCGCUCAGCAUUGCGACAAAGUUCUCGGCCUGGAACUGGUUGCAGAAGCCGUGAAAGACGCAAAGGCGAACGCGGAGCUGAACAAUAUAGAGAAUUGCGAAUUCUUCACGGGGAAAGCUGAAGAUAUAUUGCCCUCAGUGUUAGCGAGGGCUACGGGAGAUGACAUCAUCGCUAUUGUGGACCCUCCUAGAGCUGGCCUCCAUAUGCGAGCAGUCACUCAGCUCAGGAACACGGAGAAGGUCAAACGCCUGAUCUACAUGUCGUGCAGUCCGGCGUCGGCCAUCAAGAACUUCGUAGACCUGACACGCCCUUCGUCCAAGACGUUGCGUGGCGCGCCCUUCGUGCCCGUCAGCGCCGUGCCCGUCGACAUGUUCCCGCACACCAAGCACGUCGAGCUUCUCAUACUGUUCCAAAGAGAGUGUGCAUCGAACUCAAAAGGCAGUACCGAAGCAAGUGAAACGCCUACCGAAGCAAGUGUUCCACUAACAGAUAUAAAUAAAAGUGAAAAGACAACCGACGAGCAAGCUUCUCCAGGGGAUAUUGUAAAUAAAAAUGAUGACAUGUGACAUGAUUAUUAUUUACAUAAAUAAUAAACGAUUUACAUUUUGA